UUCUAUAUGUUCAUAUCCAUACCCUUGUGUUCUAAUGGAUAAAAGAUCCACAAGAAAACGAAGCAAAUCUGCUAAGGUAACAAACACUUUAGAUAAAGUUGAUAGGUUGAGUAGCUUACCAUAUGAGAUACUUACCAAAAUUCUUACAUUACUUCCAACCAAGGAUGCUAUCACAACAAGUGUUUUGUCCUCUAAGUGGAUUUCACUUUGGACCUUUGCUAAUGUUUUUGUUUUCCCAAACAAUUUUCCUUCCAUCACAAGAAAUAAUUUUGUUGAAAUAUUCAAUAAUAUUUUAGCUCAAAGGAGAUCAAACUUAAUUAAUAGACUUUUCCUUUGUUUCGAAACUUGUUACGAUCCAGACCUUGUUGUCAAAAUGAUUUCCAUGGCUAUUAACCAAAAAGUUCAGGAGAUAAACCUCUUCUUAUAUCCUUUUCAAGUUUAUUUGCCUAGUCAGCUUUUCACUUGCAAAACUCUAACUGUGUUGGAGUUGGUUGGGAGUCUAAAGUUUUUUCAGAUUUCUUAUGUUCAUCUUCCUUCUUUGAAAAUUUUGCAUAUCAAUUUGUUAAGUUUUGUUGAAGAUGAAACUCUUAUGAGGCUUUUCUCUGGAUGUCCUGUUCUUGAAGAACUUAUAUAUGAGGAAUUUACAUUUAAACGUACAUUCUCAUUUGAAAUUAGUGUGCCUACAUUGAAAAGGCUAUGUGUUAGAAGUUCUGAUAAACGACUUCAUAUUAACACCCCUCGUCUUCAGUAUUUUCAAUUAGAUUAUACUACGGCUAUCGAUUAUGCGAUCAGGAACAUGAACAACUUGAAAGAGGCAUAUAUUAACAUCUAUUUUGAUCCUGAAGAUGAAGAAGAAAAAGAAAAUAUACCAAAUCUUUUUAACGGGAUUCAUAAAACUCAAUUUCUUAGCUUCGAUGUUACGUCAACUGAGGUUCUUAUUAAUGCUUGUCUAGAAUUUCCAACAUUUCACAAUUUGGACCAUCUACAAUUAUAUUUAAAAACCAUUGAUUCAUAUUUUCUAGUUGAACUAUUACUAGAUAAAUGCCCCAAUCUUAAAUGUCUUGAGAUUAUUAAGGUUAAUGAAUUAGCUGAUGGUGAAAUUAAAUGGACACAACCAAAUAUUGCAGUCCCUACUUGUCUUUCAUCACACCUUACAAGUCUUAUAUUCAAAGAUUAUGAAGGAACAACUGAUGAGUUUGAACUUAUAAGUUACUUUCUAGCGAGUGGAAAUGCUCUAAAGAGAACCAUCAUAUAUUUUCAAACUAACUGGGAUCCAACCAUGGCAAGUAAUGACGUGUCACGAUUAUGUUCCUUGCAAAGAGCUUCAAUUGAAAACAAGACUAGUUAUGUCCUUCGAAGUUGAUCUUAAUGUUUGCAGAGGCAGAUGUUGAGUUGACAAUUGAAGAUUACAUAGGAGAUCAUGCUAAGGAGUGUCCAUGUUGCAAUGGAUGGAAUAAUGAGAAUAUUUAUUUAAUUAUGUUUGGUUAAAGUACUUUGUUGUUUGGUAGACCUAUACUACCAUACUAUCUUAUUUUGCCUUUUUAUAGUCAAUGUUAGGACUAUGUGAUAUCAGAACAUUGAUUAAUUUUUCUUUGGGUUAUUUGUAAUUUUAAAUUGUCAGCGUGACUUCUAUA